AACAUAUGCCUCGCUUCUAUAGUCUCACAUAGUAAAGGAUCCUGAAACAUUCGGUGCGAGCGGCUUGUUUGGUUUCGCUUGCUCACGUGUUGACGUUUGCGUCCCCGUUCAGUUUAUCUAGUGAUAUGCGCGUCUCGCGCAUCGUGGGUCUAGACCGGAGCGCGUUAAGGGUUAAAGCGCGCUGCUUGGAGCCUGUAGGGCGGAGUGGAGAGGAUGUGAUUGGAGCGCUACUCAUGAUGUCAUGUACAUGAAAAAGCCAAGAAGUAGUUAAGAAGGCGACUUGUAACUCUGGAAAGAGUGGGUGAACCUCUGAGGCGCAGAGAGCAGACGCACGCGAGCGAUAUUUUGGACUGAAAACACAGAAACGGCACCAUGGUGCAGCAAAUGGACAACAGCGAAACGGACAGCAUGUCCAGAGAAGCCACCGACUCCGACGAAAAUGAAUUCAUGGUUUCGAUAAACCCAGACUGGUGCAAGACAGCGACCGGACACAUAAAGCGACCGAUGAACGCGUUUAUGGUGUGGUCUAAAAUCGAGCGGAGAAAGAUCAUGGAACAGUCUCCAGACAUGCACAACGCCGAGAUAUCCAAACGCUUGGGGAAGCGCUGGAAAAUGCUGAAGGACAGCGAAAAGAUACCUUUCAUCAGGGAAGCCGAAAGACUCCGGCUGAAACACAUGGCUGAUUAUCCAGACUACAAAUACAGACCCAAGAAGAAACCAAAGCUGGACAGUUCCUUCAAACCAUCUCCGGAGAAGUCCUUCAACAAACUGUCCAAGAACUCCAAGAAAUGUCCCAAACUGAAAACGAACAAGACGGGAAGUAAAUCAUCUCACGGCUACGGAGAUGAGUACGCGUUUAAGAGCAUGAAAGUUUCAAAGACUGUUAUUAAAAGUGAAUUCACGGAUGAAGACGACGAUGACGACUCCGAAGAGGACUCUCGAGUCCGAGUGAAGGAGGAGGAGGAAGAGGAUCCGAUCCGAGCCUAUAAUGUAGCAAAGGUUCCCGCCAGCCCAACUUUGAGCUCGUCUGCGGAGUCCGAGGGCGCCAGCAUGUACGAGGAGGUCCGGAACAGCAGACUCUUCUACAAUUUCAAAAACAUCACCAAGCAGAGCACAAUGUAUCCAGCAUCCGUCUCACCAGCAUCCUCUAGGUCGGUUUCCACUUCUUCCAGCUCGAGCGAAGACGCGGACGACUUGCUUUUUGACUUCAGUUUGAACUUCGCCUCCUCCGCGCAAAGCUCGGAGCUGGGCAACCAAAACCCGGGGAAUCUCUCCCUCUCUCUGGUGGAUAAGGAGUUGGAGUCUUUUAGUGAGGGCAGCCUCGCUCCCACUUUGAAUUUCCAGACUAUUGCACACCUGAGCUCAGCGAAAUGAUAGCUGGGGACUGGCUUGAAGCGAACUUUUCUGACUUGGUUUUUACAUACUAAAUAAGACAACUUAAUAACAUACGGGAGAGGUAUAAUGCUCUGUUCUGUACUUAUUUCCUCCACUGUCGUCUUCUGCUGGUCCACAUAUAGUGGCUUUGGGAAGGAGGCAAGUAUGGCAAGCCAUUUUAACAUUUUUUUAAUUAUUUUUUUGUUAUUUUUAUUUGUAAUUUUAUUUUAUUUUUUGUCUGUGCUUAUGUUAAUAGUAUUUUUGUUGUUGUUGUUUUUUGUUUUUUUUUUAUAAUCCAAACGUGGAUAUACUGUUUACUUCAUAGUACUUAUUCCUAUGCUACUAGUCACUAUCCCAUCAUUAAAAUUUCUUACUUGACUUCACACUAGUUUACUUGUCAUGCAAAGACUAGUAAGAAAAAGCUUCUUAAUAGUUAAAUUCAGAAUGCUAUUAGAAACAAGUGGAAUAAACACUAGU